CUCUCGCGUUCGUGUUGACCUCGUCUUGGGACAUAUUGAACCCAUCGUUUUCCCAGCCAAUCAGGAUUACGUGUGAAUUCGCCGGAAUUCCUGUCGCUGAAUUCUCGCACGAAAACCUGUUAA